CGCAUUCAAAUUUCAAAUUUUCAAAUUGUCGCAAUAAAGAAAAGCUGCCACUUUGCACAUCCCAAUUCCAUUUCGGGCACUAACCAUCCGCAGCUCUUCAAAUUUCAAAUCCAAUCUCAGCACCUCAUCUUUCUUUUGCCCAAAAUCCACAUGAAAAGCCAAAUAUUUUUAGCUUCCGCAUGGCUUCAAAUGAUCAACAUACUUUCUUGAGCGUCAUUUCGAGCUCAGAAUUGUUUUUGGGUUUUACUUCUUAGAGCUUGAAAGGCUAACAUUGGUAUUGAAUUGGGUAUAUAACACAGAGCCAGAGGAGCCUUCGUAUGCCCAUUUGAAAUUUUCUUCUACAAUGAGGGAAGAAAACCCUUUUGAGCACAAAUCUAAAGCAUCUAAAUUUGCUGAUCAGAAUCAAGCGCCGAAGCCACAGAACAACGUCAAAGGAAAUAGCAACAAUGGUUCGAAGCUCCGAUCAUCGUGGGGUUCACACAUUGUUAAAGGGUUCACAGCAGAUAAGAAGACUAAGGCGCAGACGACUGCAGUUACGAGCAAGAAACUUCCGUUAGCAAAUUCAGAUACUGCAACCCAAAAGAACCCUUCUCAUUCACGUGUCAAAAGAUCACUUGCUGCUGAUCUUUCUUGCUCUUUAACAGCCACCCAAGUCCACCCACAUGCAUACCCGGCUACUCACCGGAGACAGUCUUCUGGGUCCCGUGAUUUGUUUCUGGAGUUAGACCAUCUAAGAAGUCUGCUUCAAGAAUCGAAAGAAAGGGAAUUCAAGCUUCAAGCUGAGGUAUCAGAACUCAAAAGAAAUGGAAGGUUAGUGGAUCUUGAGAGGGAGCUUGAAAGAAAGAAAAAUGAAGUCGAUGAUCUUUCCCAAAGAAUUGGGCAUUUGGAAUCUGAGAAAAGUGUUCUUUGUGAACAAGUGGCUGAGAUGUGUUUGAUUUCAGAGAAGAAGCAUGAAGAUAUAUUGAAAAGGGAAGGCAAUGAGAAUUCAAUGGGAAAUUUAGAAAUGGAAGUUGUAGAGUUAAGGAGGUUGAACAAGGAACUGCAGAUGGAGAAGAGGAAUCUUUCUUGCAAACUAUCUUCUAUGGAGACUCAAUUGACUUCUCUUGCCAAGGCUUCUGAGAGUGAAAUUGUAGCGAAAAUUAAAGCCGAGGCAUCUUCUCUGAGACUGACAAAUGAAGAUUUAUGUAAACAAGUUGAGGGUCUGCAGAUGAGCAGGUUAAAUGAGGUUGAGGAGCUUGCCUACCUGAGAUGGGUCAAUUCAUGUUUGAGAGAUGAGUUGAGGAAUUCAUGCACAACAAAUUCUGAUAAGGCCUCAAGCCUGAACUCAGAAGAGAAAAGUAAUGAAUCCGUCGGCUCAUACUCUUGGAGGAGUAAUGAGUGCUUAGAAUACAGUAGUGCAAAGAGAUUAAUUUUGAUUAAAAAGUUGAAGAAAUGGCCUAUUACUGAUGAGGAUUUGCCAAACUUGGAAUGCCCUGAUAAAAACUGGGUCCAUUCAGAGGAAGGAAGAAGCCCAAGAAGAAGACACUCCAUAAGUGGAUCUAAGUACAGUGUAGAAGAGUGGGUAUCAAGUAGGAGAAGGCAAUCUGAUGGAUUUAUGUGUGGUAAGGAAGUAGAAAAGGAAGCUGAGUCAGUAAAUUCUCAGAAAUACGUUUUGGGCAUGGAUCAAAGACCUCAAAUAUUUGAAAAUUGCUUAGAGAAUAAUAAGAUAGUUUCAUCACUAGAUGUUGAAAAAAGGGCUUUGCGUGUUCCUAAUCCCCCUCCAAGACCCUCUAGUUGUAUUACCAGUGGACAUAAAGAAGAAGUUUCACGUCAAGUUCCACCACCACCACCACCACCUCCACGUCCACCUCCCCCUCCACCUCCCCCUCCCCCUCCUCCAAAGUUCUCAGUUAGUAGUACUACAUCAGGAGUGGUGCAGCGAGCACCACAGGUUGUUGAAUUUUACCAUUCACUAAUGAAGAGGGACUCUAGAAAGGAAUCUUCAAAUGGAGGAACUUGUGAUGCCUCAGAUGUUGCAAAUGUUCGUAGCAGUAUGAUUGGUGAAAUUGAAAAUCGAUCAUCAUAUUUGCUUGCUAUCAAAGCAGAUGUUGAGACUCAAGGAGAAUUCGUCAAUUCACUGAUUAGAGAGGUCAAUAAUGCUGUUUACCAUAGCAUUGAAGAUGUUGUGGAAUUUGUGAAGUGGCUUGAUGAUGAACUUGGCUUUCUGGUGGAUGAAAGGGCAGUCCUGAAGCACUUUGAUUGGCCAGAAAAGAAAGCAGAUACAUUGCGAGAAGCAGCAUUUGGCUAUAGAGAUUUGAAGAAGUUGGAAUCAGAAGUUUCAUAUUACAAGGAUGAUCCUAGAAUGCCUUGUGACAUUGCAUUAAAGAAAAUGGUCACUUUAUCUGAGAAAAUGGAACGUACUGUUUACAACCUUCUAAGAACAAGAGAACCCUUGAUGCGUAAUUACAAAGAUUUCCAAAUUCCUACAGAUUGGAUGCUGGAUGAUGGCAUUGUUAGCAAGAUUAAAUUUGGGUCAGUGAAGUUGGCAAAGAAGUACAUGAAGAGGGUAGCCAUUGAAAUUCAGUCAAAAGCAGCACUAGAAAAGGACCCUGCAUUAGACUAUAUGCUUCUCCAAGGAGUUAGGUUUGCUUUCAGAAUUCAUCAGUUUGCUGGAGGAUUUGAUGCAGAAACAAUGCAUGCAUUUGAGGAACUUAGAAACCUUGCUCAUCUUCUCAACAAAAAGUAAAAGUUAUUAUCAACUUGAGUUUACCACCAGUAAGCAAAGCUUUCAAUAGUUGAAUAUAUGUGGGCACUGGGGCAGAGUGUGUGUUGCUCCCUGGGGCUUUUAACCAGUGAAAAUUUUAAGGUUUGAUGUGUGAAAUAGGAAGCAAUUUUGUCAGAGAUUUUUGCUCGCUUCUUACUAUAGGAAGCAAAUCACGUGUGGUGUUAUCCACUUGGGAACCUGGGCUCAUAAUUUUUCCAAUAAAAGCACCUCACUCGGGAGCUUAGAAUCUCGCUUAUUCUA